UUGGAUCGGAGCGAUGUAUAUUAAAAAUGAUUAUAAAUCACAAAGAUGCCGAGUUUUUGGCAUUGAAAAUAAGGAAAGGCCUGUACCCUUACGAGCAAAAUUUGAUCAAUGCACAUUCACUGAAGACACACAUAAUGGUGUUUACAGCGCAAUAGUGGUAAUUCAACCAAAUAUGAAGAUAGUCACAGAUAUGGCAAGAGCUUAUCAAGUAAAAUGCAUAUAUGGCAAAGAUUUUGAUGAUAGUCGAACUGUGACAGCUGAACUUGACGUUGACAUGAUACAAACGACUACAAUGAUAACUGUAGGCGGGGAAGAAGCCCACGUUUCAAUGAUUAUAUUGGACGAAUAUGACAACAUAAUCAGAACUGCUCAUAUAGGACAAUCUCUCAAAUUAAGAAUCAUCAUUAAUCCGAAAGCUGUCUAUGGUAUAUUUGCUUACAAUUGUCUGACUCAGAGUAACGUGGAGGAUUGGGUACACGAAAUUAUUGAUAGUGCUGGUUGUGCAAUCGAAGAAAAAAUAUUUGGAAAUUUCAAACUUAAUCGCGACACCAAAGCACUCACAUCCUUCUUUACGGCCUUUAAAUUUCCUCUUUCAUCUUACGUUAAAUUUCAAUGCGAAGUUAAGAUUUGUGUGGGAUUUUGUGAAGAGGUGGAAUGCGCAAAUUCUCCUUCUUUUGGUAAAAGGAAAAAAAGAAGUUUAAAUUCCCCAAAAUAUAUAACUCACAAAAAGGUAUCCUUUGUUCUUUCCAUGGAAUAG